CAUAUCUCCCACCCAAAUUGUUAUACCUUCCUCUCAACCUCCCACACCCUGUAAAGCCAUCACCAUAAACCUCAAAAAAGCCAUAGCUCACCCCUUCUCCGACUGUAUGUGGUCGCCCUCUCCGGCCACCACCACGAAUGCCUCCCAGGAAACUAGUCGUCGGGUCCGGCCAGAAAACCCACCCCCUGGUCUGGUGCGCGGCCGUCAUCUGCGUCUUCAUCGCCCUUGCCGUCAUCGUAGCUGGGGUCUGCGUCUUUGUCGGGUACCUGGUGAUACACCCCCGGGUACCUGCCUUGACAGUCACAGAUGCCCGCCUGAACAGGCUCGACUUCUCGCAGGCCGGCGUCAUGGACGUCCAGAUGACCGUCUACAUCCGCGCUGAAAACCACAAUGCCAAGGCGCAUGCCUCCUUCUCAGACACCAGCUUGACGAUGAGCUUCCACGAAAUAGAAAUCGCGAAGCUGGUGGCCUACCCUUUCGAUGUAAGCAAGAACAGUUCCAUUGAUUUUAACUACGUGGUAGAGUCCAGUUCAAUUCCGUUAGGGUCACGGGAUAUGGACUUUGUGGACAGAUCGUUGAAGGAAGAUAAGAUAAAGUUUGAUCUGAAAGGGAGUUCAAAAACACACUGGAGAAUUGGGCUUCUGGGGUCGGUGACGCUUUGGUGCCAUUUGAACUGUGAGCUUCGGUUUCAUCCUUCAAAUAGUAGUUACAUCCAUUCAUACUGCAGCUCAAAGUCAAAGUGAUGUUGUUUAUUUGAAAUCUUUUGCCUUUGUACAUUCUCUCCAAAAUGAGGCUGAGACAACUUAACGAGGUUCUUUUGUAUCAAAAAAUAACUACGGUUUCUUUCACAAUAAUUAUAUUAAUAAGAACAGAAGUUUUUUUUUUU